AUGCAGAGGCAGCUUUUGGCGCUUUUCUCGCUCGGGAUCGCUUGCGUCUGCAUCGGAGUGGCACGUGCAGGCAGCGUCCCGUGCAUCGAGCCGCACUUCAAGUGCAAGAACGACAGGUGCAUAUCGAAAUCGUUCGUCUGCGACGGGGAAGACGAUUGCGGCGACAAAUCGGACGAGCUUCACUGCAAGCCCAGACCCAAGCCGUGCAAAUCAAGCGAGUGGCAGUGCGGAGAUAAGGCCCAUUGCAUCGAUCUCGAUGAUUUUUGCGACGGCAAAAAGGACUGCCUCGACGCGAGCGACGAGUACGACGGCUGCUACGUCAACAAAACCUGCAAAGAGUUCAAAUGCAGCAGCGGCCAGUGUAUCAGCCGAAAGUGGAUCUGCGACGGUAUGAAGGAUUGCGCGGACGGCAGCGACGAGCUCGAUUGCGAUAGUUUACCGAUUCUACCGGAGAAUUGCAACAACACGAUCGGCAAGUACCUGUGCGACAACAAGCGCUGCAUAUCGUUGGCCAGCGUUUGCGACGGUGUAAACAACUGCGGCGACAACUCGGACGAAGGUCCGGCCCAGUGCGCGAGAGCUAAAGCUUACUGCUCCCACCCGACCGUGGGGUUUUGCUCGCACGUUUGCUCGCCCACGCCCAGGGGCUCGCAGUGCUCCUGCCGCCCGGGUUUCGUCCUUAACAAGAAAAACGUUUGCGAGGUUGUUGCAACAACGUAUACAUUAUAUGCCCGCUCUCGCUGUUUGGGAAGGGAGGAAAAAAAAAUUAAAAACCCGACGUCAUCGUCUCUCGCUGCUCCGGAGCGCGUACAUCAUAAUCUUUGA